AUGAGUCGCCGCUCCUCACUACAGUACCCGCUACAAAGUGGUGGGCUACUAGUUGGGCAUCAAUGCAAUGGACUGUUGGGUAGCCAAAACAAUGGACUGGGUCAAGGCAGUGGACUAUUAGGGCAUCAAAAUGCCACCCUACUACCAAGCCAUCAAAGCGCAAGUUUUCUGCAAUCUCUUAAAAAUGGCAGUCACACGACCAACUUCGAUGCCUACGGAAGCACGGCGUUAGAACGGACACUUAACGCUGAUGCGUCGUUCCAACGAUCCUACCGGCUGGGCUCGCAGCCGACGCUUCUGUUAAGCCGGCGAACGUUUCUGGCACCCGGCUAUGAAACAGGCCCUCUUCCGCCCUCUUCGUCCCGAACACACCUGCCCGACAGCCAUUUGGCACGUUACCAUCGACGCUCCCAACCAUCUCUGCUCUGUACGUUCGACCACAACAAUAUGGAUCCGGACUCGGUGCUACGUCACUCUCAACCAAUGCUAUUUACCGGCGAACGAAUCCGCGUCGAGGCGAGGAAAUCCUCACCAAUGGCUCGACAUACUCCAUCACAUACUCCACCUACAUCAAGCUAUGCUAUAGAUGGCAGGUCGCCAAGAAUGUAUAAUCCGCCAGCACGAGCGUUGACUUCACAACAAUUGGUGGGGAAGUAUCAGAAUUCGUAUCCUAGUUCUCCUGGCUCUCCGACAUUGCAACGAAGGUUUCCGAUCGCUUCGGCGUCGGAACGGCGGAUACUUAAACGUGCCCCACAAUCUGACUUAGCUUAUCGUUUGCAGAGACAGCACAUUGAAGGACAGUCCAGUCAGUCGCCGGUCGAUGGGAGAGCUUAUGGUAGGUUAACGGUUUUUAGUUUUUAAUUCAAAAGUUGAUUUUUUUGAAUUUUAAAAUUUAAAAAUGUUAUCUUUUUAAAUUUAUCAAUUUAAAAAUGAUUUUUGGAUAUAAAAUCUUUGCACAAAUCCAAAUUUUUUACAAUUUACAAUAGUAUAUUCAUAUUUAUUCUUCUUUAGACCUAUAAUAUAUAGAAUUCUAAUUGUAAUGUAACGGUCGCUUUCCAGAAUUUAUAAUAAUUCAUUAAUAUUUGUCAUUCAAUUUAGUCUUUUGUUAUAGGGGUUACAUUCAUUUUACUAUUCUUUCCUACCGAGUGUGGGAAUUACUUUUGACGCGAAGAUAAUAGUGUUCAGUUUGGGUUCACAUAAAAAAAUUUACUGUAAUUUUUUAGAGAGCUUUCAAAAAAUUUUUUUUUCGAAAAUUUUUCUGAAAAAAAAGUUUGAACUUCGUCGGCCCCUUCUGUUGAUUCUUUCAAAAAAAAAAUUUUUUUUAAAUUUUCGCAAAAAAUAUGAACCUGCCCCCUCCGUGUUAAUAUUAUCAAAAACAUUAAAAUUUUAAAAAAAAAAGUUGAAAUUUUUAUUCUUUUCAAAAAAUUUUUUUUAUUUUUUUUAAAGUUGAACUUGGUCCCUCCUGUUGACUUUUUCAAAUACUUUUUUUUAAUUUUAAAAUUGAAGAACUGUUUACUGAUAGCAUGAAUUUCCAAGAAGCUUAUUGUCAUUCUUUCUAAACACCGUCUUUGCUUCUUGUUUUCAUUUUCAUUAUCGCACUAAUGAAAAUAAGAAAAGUUUGGGCCGAAAACAAAUGUAAUUUCCGUUCAAAUGAGUCCAUAGGUUUGAAGUUGUUUUUAAACUUAAAUGGCUUUAGGCGGUUUAAGCAGGCUAUGAAUAUGAAAAAAAGCGGAUUAUGUGCGUAAUUGGCUUCGUUCUGGAAGACUUGUCUUGAGUUUGUUGAGGAGCUUGUUGUAAUAGAGGUAUUAGGGUUUGAGCGUCACAAGUUUUGGAGAAUUUGAAAAUACGCAUGACGAAACAGAUUAUUGAGAUAAUAGGCUAACUGCCAUUGAGGUAUGGUAUUUAUCUAGUACUAUUGUUAUAGUACAACUUUUUACUUUUUUUAUAGUACUUUUUAGUAUCAUGUUUAUAGGACUAUUUUAUACUAUUUCUUUAGUGCUAUUUGGUACUGUUUUCAUAAUACUGCAAAGUGCAAUAUUCGGUUUUAGGCUAGUCUGGUUUUCUCCAGACUGGCCUAAAACCGCGCCUUAGUAUCAGGCGUCGGAGUUGUUCUUUGUUAUUUAGUAUCGUUUUGUCAAAAUAGUACUAAAGAGCCCAAAAUGUUAUCUAAAACAUUUUUUUGCAUUCCAAAACAUUUGACACUCCAAAAAACGCAUCAAAACAUUCAAUGGCAGUAAAAUAAAUUACUUUUCUUGACAUUACAGCUACCGUACGCUUCACAAUUACGUGUUAAUUGUACGUGUUUGAUGUCGUUGGGGAAUUCGAGAAAACAUUUUUGGAAUGAAUAGUUAAAAUUGAAUUAAUUUCAACAUUCACGGCGACAUCAAAGCAGCUAAAAUUGAAGGUUUUUGGUCGUAAAAAAUGUUUGACGUAGUAGAGAGUGGCAUAUGUGGGUAUUACACGUAUGAAAUGUAAUAGUAAUGAUAUGUUUGAUUGUGCAAGACAUAAAGGUAGUGCUGGGUCUUAUACUUAAAAGUAGGAGGGGUGUAAUUUUGGUAACCAGGCUUGGAGAUAGGGCAUGACAUAGAAGUUAUCUUCCCCUAAAGCAAACCACAACGUAUUCUGCGCACUGUCCAACCCUGACCAUAACCCUUAUUGUGCCAUUUCAAAUGCAAUAGUAUAACCGAUUUACUUUUCCCUGGCCCAAUUUACUAUACCAUUAGUCAUAAUGAUAUGUUGCUGCUCCAGACGAUAAUUUAUGGCAUUUUUUCUUGCAGGCCAAGAAGUAAAAGCUGUAAAUAAUUCAUAAACUGUUUGCGAAGCGGUAUUUUAAUUCGCAUAAAAGCCAAAUGAAGGAAAUCUGGUUGGGUAUUAAGGGGAAAACAAAGUCAAUGUUCACCGAAAACAAAAUUUAAAAAUUUUGAAAAACUGCUAAGGUGGUAUAAGUACUAGGAUUAUGAGUAGGGCAGUGGUAAGGCAAAACAAAAGCUAGGGUUACGGAUAGAGCUAGGGCUAUGGCUAGAGCUACAGCUAGAACUAGAAGUCAGGACUGAGGGCUAAAGUCUAGGGCUCUGGGCUAGGGCUCUAGGCUAGGGCUCUGGGCUAGAGCUCUGGGCUAGGGGUAGGGAUCUGGGCAAGGACUAGGGCUCCGGGUUAGUACUAGGGCUAAGCUAUCUUUGUGAGUACUUACUUCUAUAGAGUAACCCCCAAAGCACUCUCUAAGCCAUCAUCAUAAUAAUUUUUAUUUCAUUGUCUGCAACUUACCACUAUAACACAAAGAUAUAUCAAAAUUAAACUCAUUUCUAAAAAUAACCUAAAAUAUGUUUAGUUUGUCAAAAAUGCUAAUCUGCACCAUGUUUAUUGUCUUGUCAUAAAUUCGACCAAAUUACUCGUAUGUCUUUUGGUUUUACUUUCCGCAUUUCCUUUUCACUGAGCCGAGAAAUUGAAAGAAUGACUGGUCAGCCGUUGACAACACUUUUGAUAGACAGAUUUUACAAAAAAAAGUUUUACUUCCUAGUAUUUAGCAUAGCAUAGACAAAAAAAACCUUCAGUUUGUGAGUAAAACUAAAAUUAAACUUUUUUAAAAUUAGAUAAGCCUAAACGUUAAGCCUAACACAGAAAAGUAAACUAAACCUGCACUUUCAAAGACAUUGUAAACAUGAAUUAUUCACAAUUCUAUACUGAAGGCAUCGAGUUUUUAAAAUAUGCAAAAUACUUGUGAAAUUCGGUUGUUAUUAGGGAGAUGAGGCUGGAUUAGGAGGUUGCUUGUUUUACGAAAAUAAGAUAAUAAUGUAGGCAAAAGAGCACGAAAAGGACCAGAAAAUGGAAUCAAAUUACUCGGAAAGACAUGGUUAAUAAAAGAGGAAGUUGAAAUGGACAACUUUCGAACUUGGUGAACUGGUACUGUACCUUUGAGGACGACAAAUUUAGUCUAUAUUAGUUUAACCCAUCCCAUCCAGCCCUGCUUUGCCCUACCCUACCCUACCUACCCUACCCUACCCUACCCUACCCUACCCUACCCUACCCUACUACCCUACUACCCUACUACCCUACUACCCUACCCUACCCUACCCUACCCUACCCUACCCUACCCUACCCCACCCUACCCUACUCUACCCUACCCCAUCCUACCCUACCCUACCUUACAUUACUUUCUUACAUUACCUUACUCUACUUUAGCCCAUCCUGUCCUUACCCUUAACUUGCCUCUAACCUGGCCCUGCCACUAACAUUGACUUGCCCCUACCCUUGUCAUGCCACUACUGUUGAAUUGCCCCUACCCUUGUCUCACCUCUACCCUUGCCUUGCCGCUAACAUCGGUUUUCCACCACCCUUACCUUGCUGCUACCCGUGUCAUGCCUUAAAACAAUAUAAUGUUAAUACACAGUAGUGUACUUUAGCCCUCAAAAGUUCAAAAAAGUUUCUUUUCACUAUUUGAUCUUUCAUUUUCUUCCCUGAACACAUGUCUCUAAACUUUUGUUUUUACUAAAAUAUCUUGCAAAGUACCUUAAUAUAUUCAACUACAAACUUCAACAAACACUUCAAACUAUGACAUUUCUUCAAGUUUCGAACGACUUGAAGAGUCUGUGGUUCCAUUAAAAAGACAGGAAAGUUCAAAUAAUUCUGUGCCCCCUCCUCAAAUCCCACAAAUUUGCUUUGAAGCGAGGCACAGAAUUAUUUAAACAACCUAAUAGCUUUUCUUCCUUAUAUUAACCUCAAAAUCUCCUAAUCUUAUAAUCAAUUCUAAUGUCAACGCUUCUUUUCUUCGCUUCAAACCCUUAAACAUGAAAUUUUUCAAACAAAUGUCCAAGCACUUAAACCCGAAUGUCAAAACGCAGGUGUUUCAGAUGACGAACCGCUCGUGGACCCAACCUACCUGGCUCUCAAAGAAGCCAAAUGCAAAUACGGGAGUCGUCGCGGCUCCUCGAAUCAAGAUUCCGCCACACCGUCGCCACAACACUUGUCGCAAGUCUCGCUACAGGAUUCCGGGUACGCCGAGACUACCGGCUCCAGAGGUCAGCUUCUGGGUUCGACUCCACAACUUCAUCAAGCCAGCCAACCUCCACCAGGAAUUCAAAGCAAGUUGUUAUGGACAACACCAUUAACAAUGAUUCAUAGGGCAUUGUUAACACUGUAUUUCACACCAGUUUUGGUUCUCUGACUUCUUGGUUUCGGAUUUUGAAAUUUGGAUUUAAAAUUACAGUUUUUAAAAAUUUAAAAUUAAAAAAAAUUUUGAAACUUCGAAAUUUCAAAAUUUUAAAUCUUUUUUCUAACUAAAAAUUCUCCUAAAGCAUAUUUUAAAAACUUUUUUAAAAAUUCAAAUUUAACUCUCAAGAAAUUUUGAAAUUUUUUAAAAUUACCUUUAUGCUUCAAUUUGAAAAUAAAGGUGUAAUUGUAACUUGCAAUAGACUCAAGUCUUAUAUAUGUGUGAGAAUAUUGUUUACGUGCUAACCUUAAUUAUUUUAGUUAGUGGUCCCAGUCGCCCGAGAGCACCAAAACUCAACAAACAAAUGAAGUCGUUGUCGUUGGACUGCGCGGAAAUGCCUCCACCGGUCGCCACUACCAUGCGAUCACCUUUUCGUAGGUUUUAAGGGAUUUGGAGGGGUUUUAGAGUUUAAAGAUAAGGUAAAAUACGUAGUCUUCUACGUUUUUAAAUUUUCGAAAUUUUUUUUUCAGUUUUUUAAAAAAUUUCAAAAUUAAAAAAAAAUUUAAUUACCAAAGCUAAUUUGAACAUUUAAAGCUAUUAAACCCUUUAAAACACCUUCAAAUCAAUUUUGUUAUGGCUAGAACAUCAUAAAAAAGCACAAAAAAGUUUUGUCGUUUUUUCCCAUAUCAACCCAAACAAAUUGUCGACAAAACUUUUUUCAAUGCCUAAAAUAUUCUUUAAAAAACCUUAAAGUUCAUUAGUUUUAGAAAGCAAGCCAGUACGAUCAGCACGAGGCUAUGCCACGUCUGGUGAGUCAAAUGAUUGGGGUCGUAGUGUCUCACCAAAAGCACCAUCACCAAGGAAGCUGCCGGCUCAGCCUGUACCACAACCAGUCAUUUCUGGUCAGGCACAUGUUCCUAUUCAGAAAGUUGGUAAGUGUCUUGGCAAAAAGAUCUUUUUAUACUGCCCGCCCUAUUUUUCAAUAUUUUUAAACUGCCCCAUCCACCCUUCCAAAAAAAUUUUAAUGAAAAAACAUGCCCUUUCCCGUAUUUUACAAAAACAUUAAAAAAACAUCCCCUCAUUAAAACAAUUUCAGUCGGAACCCACAUAGUGACCCACGACUACAUCCCCCCUGGCUGUAUGGACCCAUCAAAUGGCCUCUACAUCGGCGAUCGGCUUCAUAUCAUGGACAACGGUGAUCCUGACUGGCUUCAUGGCUUCCGAAUCACCGAUCGAUUGCAGCAACUUUUGAGUUUCCCCGCAACUUGUGUUGCAGCGAUUCAAUCGAAUGAGCAACCCAUGAAGCUGGUACAGAAUGUGCACAUUCCCGAAGCUAAGAUGCGAUUGUACCGUGACCAGGUGGUGUUCGCGCAGCCCGAUUCGUUGAGGGAGGAUCAGAAGGUCAGAGUGAGGAAUGUGCGAGGAGCUUGCGUUUACUGUCCGUUACAGUAUCUUAUGCUGUUGUAA